GCGUGUACGCCAAGAAGUGCGUUUGCAUGUUUAAGUGCGGGGCGCCACGUAGGCAAAGUGCAGAAGAAGAGAACAAGACGUGACCAAUCGUGGAAGAAGAAGCAGUACUAGACCGGCGGUGCGUGCGUGGCGCUGCCCGCGAAACGAAGCUCAUUUGCGGAGAUAGAAGACGGUGAGGCACCGCCACCUUGACGGGCUCCGGAGAGGCCGAGCAGCUCGAAGAAGGCCGGCCAGGGUGAGCCGCUUCCCGCUUGGAGCUCGUCGUUCGACUCGGUGGCUCGUCGGAGGCUCAACAGUGACAAACACUGUCAAGUUUCUCCUGUGCCAGGUGCGACUCGAGCACGAUGGUUAAGAAUGUGAAUAACGUAAACUUGGAGCCCCUGGCUGGGACCACCCUGGCCUCGGACCAAACAGAGCCUGCCUGUAGUGAGCCUGCAAACGAUUCGCCGAAAGACCACGCAGCGGCACAACCCGGCAUGGUGUGGCGGGUAACUGGCGGCCUCUUCAACGUCACCAAAGGCGUGGUGGGUGCGGCUGUAGACGGCGUGGCAUGGGUGGGCGGCAAGAGCCUGGAGAUCACCAAGAGCGCUGUCAGUGCAGUGCCUGCCGCCGGCGCUGGCCUGGUCAAGGGGGGCGUGGCCGCCGUGGCUGGGGGCGUGUCCUCGGUGGGCUCCACCGUGGCUAACAAGGUCCCCUUCGUCGCCAAGAGGAAGGACAAGGCGGAGUGAUGGAGAGAAAGCCAGCAGAGACUGGAAUCCGUUCGACAAUCAGGUGGACGAGCGGAUCACUCUUUGGUCUUUCAGUCCACGCACGUUCAAAUAUUUGGACGUUUGUCUUCAGUUUCACUAGUCUCAAUUUCAAGCUAAUGGAGAGAUUUGUUAUAUAUAAAGAGUGCUGGGGCCACGCUACGAGGAAAAAAUAUAGUAGUAGUCGAUGAAUGUACAAGAUGGAUUAAAAAAAAAAAAAAAGUUUUCUUUUAUUGUUGCAAGGGAUCACAGUAGUGCAUCGAUUUUUUUUUUUUUUUU